AUGCCGGCAUACCUGGAUUUGGCCAUCGGCAACAAAGCUUGGCACUCAGAGGUGCCCACCCUCAUGGAAGGCGGCAUGGACGGUAUGACCGGCCAGGAGCGCGGGCGAAUCCAGGCGCGCACGGCGCAGCGGCUCAACGCCAGCCGGGUGAAGAGCUCCAUGGAUGACGAGGAGGUGCGCGGCCAUGUGGUGGCCUUGCGGAGGCUGCUCACGGUGGCGCAGGCGCCGUGGGGUCGGGAAGAUGAUUGUGACAUUUGGCAGGGUCUGGAGGCGGCUCAAGCAUCCCCGGCUCGCCGCAGCGCAGCUCCGCGCCGCUUCGGCGACGCGAGUGCGCUCGAGGCGCUUUUUGGGCGGCGUGUGGAGUUGGAUGUGGCGCGCUGUACGGUGAUCCAGGCGGGUCUCGCUUGGCCGGACGUGCUGCAGCUCUUGGCGCGGAUGCGGCGCCGACGGCUGCGCCCGGAUAGGAUUUGCCUCAGCCGCGCGACGAGGCGGUUUGCGGCUUAUGGUCAGUGGCUGCUUGCCAUGCAGUUCCUGCAGGAUCCAGACGUGAUCAGCUACAACUGCGCCAUCAGUGCGUGCAAGAGCUGCUGGACCUUCGCCUUGAGCCUCCCUCUUGGCAUGGCCGCCGUGCAGCUGCUGCCGGACAUCUUCAGCUUCAGCACCUGCGUGACCUGUUGCCCUUGGACCUAUGCCUGCCAACUCUUGCGCCACAUGUCCCCGGCCACUCCGCACGUCAUCAGCUACAACAGCGCCGUCGCGACUUUGGCGGUGGAGUGCUGGCGACAGGCCCUGGACCUGGCACAAGCGAUGCCAAGUAGUCGCCUGGUGCCGGAUGUGAUCACUUACAACAGCCUUCUCACUACCGAUGGCGAUUCCAAAUGGUUGCAGGCCUGCCGCGUGCUUCGCCACCUGCCGCGGGCUUCGCUGCGCGCCAGCGCCGUGACCCUCGCCGCCGCCGCGGCGGAUCCGGCGGCGUGUCGCUGGGCCUGGGCGCUGCAGUUCUCGAAGUCGUCGGCGGUGGCGGCGAACAGCUGCAUCCGUGCCUGCAAGUCGAAUUGGCGGGUUGCCCUUUGCCUCUUUGCGUCUGCAAACUGCGAUGUCAUCACUUACAGCUCCGUCACGAGCGCUUGCUCCUGGCAUCUCGCAGCAGAUUUCUUGAUGGCUAUGGGGCAUGAUCAGGUGCUCCCGAACGUCAUCAGCUACAACAGCGCCAUAGACGUCGGUGAGAAAGCGGGGCGCUGGCAGAGGGCCGUGGCACUGCUGGAGCAGAUUGUUCAGUCAGAUCUCCUUCCCAGCACGGUGAGUUGCAACAGCGCGAUCAGAUCCUGCGCUGCGGCGGGCAACUUGGAAGUGGCUCAGCAGUUGCUGUGCACCAUGCCUGCGUGGCGUCUGACGCCUGAGGUGAUCAGCUUCAACAGCGUCAUAGCGGUCUGUGAGCGUCGGGGCAACUGGGCAACUGCCUUGAGCAUCUUUCAGGAGAUGAAAGACGCAAGGCUUGCGCCGGACGUCAUUAGCUGCAGCAGCCUCAUCAGCUGCUGCGAGUCUGCGGCGCAAUGGACUGUGGCCCUUGAGCUUUUGACCGCCAUGGAGCACUGGACUGUGUCGCCAGAUGUCUUCAGCUACAACUGCGCCAUCAGCGCCUGUGACAAGGGAGGUCAGCUGGGCAUGGCUAUGGCCCUCCUGCAGCAAAUGACUGGGUCGCGGGUGCAGCGCGACGUGGUGAGCUUUAACAGCGCCAUCAGCGCCGCGGGCAAGGAUGGCAAGUGGAGGGUGGCCCUGAGCUUGCUGCAAGACAUGGAGGACCUGGACCUCCGCUGCACCGUGGUGAGCCUGAACAGCGCAUUGAGCACGUGCCCCUGGCAGCUGGGGCUGGCCCUGCUGGCAACGAUGACUUUUGGGAUGUGCCCUGACGUCAUCACCUUCAGUAGCGUCAUCCUGGCUUGCCAGCAGGCGUUGGCAUGGCUUCCAGCGCUCACCCUCCUGCACACGAUGCGCAGCUUGCGGGUGGAGGCAAACGUGGUCACCUACCAGGCUGCAGUGGCCGCGUGCGAUGGCGGUGGCUCUUUGCCGGCGCAGCCACUUCUGCACGACACCCAAGUGCUUGGUUUGCAGCUCUUGCGCUCAGCCGAUGCGCGAUGA